AUGAAUCACACGUACAAAGAUAAUUCUCGUCGGAUUCAAAAACAUUGCCAUCGUCGACAGGAGCGAAAGCUAGCUGAACGACGUCGUUAUGAAAUAAGUGAUCUUGCUUAUGAAGAUGAUUUGAAGGUCGAUGAAAUGAUAUCUUCGUCCUUGCCUCAAAUAUCUACAAAUGUUGAAGUGUCAUCAUCAUUGGAAAGAUCAAUCGAUCCUGAACUCAGUGAUUUGCCUCACGAACCUAAAACAUUUGAUGAAGAUCACUAUCGUGGUUCUCGUAUGAUUCGAAAUUGGCGAAAAAAAUUUUUAGGUGAGAGAGAGUCUUUAGAAGGGCAUGAAUGGACUAUAGCAGAGGCAGCUCGGGAAGGUUUAAUGAAAGUGGGGGAGAUGGAAUGUAAAAAGAAAGAAGAUUUGACUCUCAUCAAUAAAGAAUUUAAUCAAAUCAAGGGUAAAUCACGCGACAAACUUGUGGCUUAUUGCAUUCGUCUUUAUACGCGCAAUGUAUUUGUUAAUCGAGUAGUGAAUCAAGCACUUCGUGAUGAUGAUGAAAGCAAAUCAGAAACACUAGGGCCAUUUUGCUAUUUACUGACGCAUUACCUUUACGCGUCUACAACGCCUACAUAUCGUGAAAAUGUAUUUCGAGGAUGUCAAUUAGAACCAUUUAUGAUCGAUAGAUAUCAACAGAUUGUUGGAAAGAGAUCUGUUAAGUGGCUUGGCUUUACAUCGACGAGCAAGUCUCUUACUAUUGCAAAACAAUUCGGUUGUAACGUGAUUUUCAAUAUUGAUUUGAGUCAAUUCACUGAUCGCUUUCGAUACAAUCGACCCGUAGACAUAUCACAUUUGAGUGAGAUGCCGGAGGAAGAUGAAGUUCUUCUACCAGCUGGCUUUACCUUUAUCGUCAAGAAAGUAGAGACUAGUAUUAAUGAUAAUAUUAUCUAUAUUGAUAUCUAUGGCAUACCACAUUAA